GUUUUUAGCAAAUCCUUAAAACCCUAAAAAAUGAAGACGGUGACCGGCAAAAUCACAGAUUCAACUCCGGUGACAAUAGCCAAAGCGGCCUCUAUACUGUCCAAGUUCGUCUCCACCGACACCGGCGCAUCCCAGGCCUUAAACGCUUAUCUUCGUCGCGCCACCACCGCUUUCGAUGAGUUGGCGCGCCUUCAUUCAAAAUCCGAUCGCAGGAAACACAAAAGGGAUUCAGCUCAGACUCAGAGAGUGGAGGUGAGUCAAUCGGGGCUAGUGAAUAAUAACGAGCAGAGAUUGAAAAAGGAGGUCAAGGAAGAGGGUAAUGCGGCAGAGGAGGAGACAGAGAGGAAGAGGAGGAGGAGGAAGAGGAAGGGUUAUUUGGAAGAGGAAACCGAGAGAAGCAAUGAAGUAAAGAAGGAAAAGACAGAGUUUGAAGAGAACGAGGGUAAAGUGGUGAGCAGAGUUGAAAUCAAAGUAGAAGAGGAAAUGAAAAAGAAGAAGAAGAAGAAGAGGAAGAGUGGAGAAGUAGAGGUAGAAGUAGAGGUAGAGGUAAAGGAAGAGGAGAAGGAAGGGAAAGAUGGAUUGAAAGAUGAGGGCCAAAGGAAAAAGAAGAAGAGGAGAAAACAUGAGGAUUGAAAUUGAGUGAAAAAAGAGUUUGCGUUUUUGUUCUUCGAUAAGUGUGUAUUUUAGUGAUUAGUGGCAUUGAGAUUUACCAAUUUCCAGCUAUAUCCAUGCGCUUUGAAAUCUACAUAAUUCAGUUGUCGUUGAGCUUCA